AUGGCACCUUCUCUGCACUCUCCACCAGCACGCCGCUCCUCGAGAUCAUCGCGCCCUCUUAGGUCGAGUCGCAUGCGCGUGCAGACUUAUCAGGAGAGCAGUUCGAAUUCGGAUGACAACGACAACUCAUCAUCGUCAUAUGAGGACCAAGAGUUCCCGGGCAACUCGUCUCUCUCACUGCGCCCGCGACGUCCAGACCGGGUGCCACGCACGUACCGGGAAUCAAGCACGGAACAAAGCCACGAUGAAGAUGGGGAAUCUGAAGAAACAGUCACCGUCGAAGCGACCACAAAUGGCCAUGCACCCUCCCGUCCUCGACGCAGUGCGCCUAGGACCCGCAGUUCCAACACCAGGUCAUCGAAGACAUCGUCGAGCAGGAAAAGAAAACGGAUAGGAGACCCUCUGAAGAAGCGCAAGAAGACGGAGAUAGAAGAGUUUCCCUUUGUCGGAUCUGGCACGAUACCUCCUUGGCAGACCUUGCCCUACCACAUCCUCUUUGACAUCUUCUACUACGCGUCCUAUCCACUGGUGGAUAAGCAGACUGCAACUCGAAACAGCUCCGUAUCAUGGCUGGCUGCGGUGGCUCGUCUAUGUCGUGCUUUCCAUGAGCCUGCACUAGCUGCGCUAUAUCAUUCGCCUGCUCUUCUGCCCGCUGCGAAGAGCCAUGGUUUAUUGAGCCUGUUGUGGGAGCCUCAGGAAUCGCUGUCCACGAACUACGUUUCCAAGGUCAAGGAGUUGCAUGUAGAUGCGGAAAGUCUUCUUGUUUACAAGAGUGGUCCGGCUUUGGGCUAUUUUGAUCUGACGAGUCUCAUCCAAAGGACGCCUCAGCUGAGAAAACUGCAGCUGUACCACAAGGAUGACUGUCUGGUCGGACUUCCACCCUGGCAGAUCCCGGCGUCAAAAUGGACAUAUCCAGGCAAUCUCUUUGUGACCCUGAACCAGUCCGGGAUACAUCUUCGGAGCUGGGACUGGAACGCACGCUUCAUGGAGUCCGACCGCCUGGUGCCGCUCAUAUUGGGAAACCAUCGAGAACCCGCUUUUCAUAGCCUGCGCGAAGUCAGGAUGUUGCAUCUCAGUUACUCUGAGGACGAGGAUCCGUCAAACUCGAGGGAAAUGGUCCUGGCUACAGCCUUGAAAGAACUUCCUGAACUGCGGCGCCUUGAGUUCGUUGAAUGUUCUAUCGUCAAUGAGAUCCUUCUGUCCAAUCUACCGUCGACACUGACAUCCUUGACCAUUGAUAACUGCGACGAUGUGGCAACAUCGAAUUUCAUCCCGUUCCUUGCGACCCAUGGCCACAAUCUUCGUGAAUUAACACUGAGCCACAAUCGCCAUCUCAACAUGUCCUUUGCCGUCAACCUAGCCCAGUACUGCAAACAGCUGGUGAGAUUCAAGAUGGAUCUCUCCAUUCAUGACUGGUCGAGCUACCACGACAACGAGCCCCAUUUCAAGCAGCUCCUUGGCCCUUCGGAGAUUCCCACUUGGCCACCAACUCUGCAGGAGAUCGAACUGAUCCAUCUCCGCAAGUGGGAUGAUUUCAUAGCAGAAGCUUUCUUCACUUCCCUUAUCGAAUCCGCUCCUGACCUGAAGGAUUUGAGAAAGCUGGUAAUCAGUGCCAUCUUAAAAAUAGGCUGGCGCGACCGGGCCAACUUCCGUGAGAGAUGGAUCGGAAAACUUGAGAGCGUCUUUCUCAGAAGAAGCCCUCCUCCUGAUCCUGCCCUCCGGACACUGGCCAAAUCAACAACUACUGCAGAGGACCAGCACCGGCAAUCUGACACUCACGACGGGAACGAGACUUCGCCACAGGACUUCCCUCCGACUCCAUCCAAGCGCAAGAGUGCUCGGAUCGCUCAGCAGCACAUUGCUGAAACGGAGCACGACACGGAUGGGUCGCAGGUGUCGAACUCCGCUUGCGCACCUGCUCGUGAUGGAAGAGAGAAAGACCCGCCGAUAAAGCAUGUCCAGGGCAUGUGCGAUGUUGUCAUGAUCCGCAUUGACAACAGCCGUCCGGCCGAGACCCAAUUUAACGAGGACGACUUCCUCGAUGACGAGUUAAGUGGGGAUGAAGAUUGGGAUGGCAACGAUCCUGACCCUGAUGGCGGCGGCCAUGCGUGGUAA